AUGGCCGUCUCCGCCGGAAGUUCGUACCUGCCGCCGGAUGCGUCGCCUUUCGAGCUCAAAGGCGAGGCCGACUUCGACCGAAUCGUCUCCCCAGAUGGACUGAUUUCGGUCUGCGGCUUCGGUUCUCUUCUCUCCGAAAGGAGUGCGAGGAGUACUUUUCCAGAUUUGAUAAACUUUCGAGUUGCGAAAUUGAAUGGUUUUCGCAGAGUGUUUGCUCAUGUUGCUCCGAUUUUCUUCGAACGGGGCAUAGCUAAGCCUGAAACAAAGGAAACUUCAAGCUUGAGCGUGGAACCCUGUGAAGGUGAAACUCUUGUAGUUACCACUUUUGAGAUACAAAGAUCAGAGAUACCCUCUUUCAUUGAGAGGGAGCAUGAGUUCCGGUUUUUAGCUGUGACUCCAGAAACAUUUAAUGGGCUGCUUUACACAACUCCAUCGGUACUAUGUGCACGCUAUAGUGAUGAGGAAUACUUCAUGAACAGAUGCGAAGGCAAUAAGGAGAUAUUCUUUCAACGGUACGGGCGGUAUGGCAUUGACAAGAUUUGGUUGGAUGAUAUCUUACCCUGUCGCGUUUAUCUUCGCCAUUGCGUGUUGGCAGCAAAAAAUCUAAGUGAAGCAGCGUACGAAAACUUCUUAGAUCAUACAUUUCUUGGCGACCGUAAAACAACCAUCCGCGAGUACUUAGCAACAUCAGGCUCGGGCAUAAUGGAGGAUGAGCCUCCCGAGCAGCUAAAGCAUCGUUAUGGUGGUUAA